AGCAGGAAGCGGUGUCCGGGUCGGGUAGGGUGGGGUGUGGUGUGGUCCGCCGGCGGGAUGGCGAAGCAAGCCGUGGGGUCGCGCAACCUCUGCCGCCGCCUCAACUACAUCUGUGUCAAGUUCACCCUGAUCACCUACGCGACCGUCUUCUGGGUGAUUGGAGGAUUAAUCCUCUGCAUCGGGAUCUAUGCAGAGGUUGAAAGACAGAAAUACAAAACACUUCAAGGUGCCUUUCUGGCCCCUGCUAUCAUCUUGAUCAUCCUUGGCAUCCUGAUGUUCGUGGUGUCAUUCAUUGGUGUCCUGGCCUCUCUCCGAGAUAACCUGUGCCUUCUCAGAGUGUUUCUCUACACACUUGCGAUCGUGUUGAUACUUGAAUUGAUGGGCGGAAUCGUGGCGUUGGUCUUCAGGACUCAGACAUUAGACUUUAUAAAUAAAAACAUUCGUCGAGGAAUUAAACAUUACUACGAUGACCUGGAUUUCAAGAACAUAAUGGAUUUUGUCCAAGAAAAGUUUAAAUGCUGUGGUGCGGAGGACUUCACAGAUUGGUCAACGAACAUCUACCAUAGCUGUGAUGGAACUGCCAAGGGAAUGCUGGCUUGCGGCGUACCAUAUUCAUGUUGUGUACGCAACAAGACGGAAGUCGCCAACACGAUGUGCGGCUACAAAACACUGGAGAAAGAUCGCUACACUGCAGUCCAAAUUGUCUUCGUGGGCGGAUGCACAGAUGCCGUGCUGAAUUGGUUCCUGGCGCAUUACGCGGCCAUGGCGGCCAUUUUGUUGGGCAUAAUAGUUCCACAGUUUUUCGGAGUUCUGAUCACCUGGUUGUACAUCAGCCGUUUGGAGGACAUCAUCUAUGAGUACGACAUGGUGGACGUUGGCCUGAUGAGCGGUGUCCCUCCAGGUUGCCAUGCCAACGAAUCAACCACAACCAAUAACGGAUGUUGCUGCUGGUGUCUACCCAACUUUGACAACGGCGUUUAAAACAUGUGACCAGCGGCAGCAACACAGAGUGACAGCUGCUUAAGAUUCUUAAAGGAUUGGACGGGCUAGAUGCAGGAAAAUAUGUUGGUGGGGGGGAAAAUAUGUUGGUCCAGAAACAGGGGUCACAGUUUAAGAAUAAGGGGUCGGCCAUUUUGGACUGAGAUGAGGAAAAACCUUAUUCACCCAGAGAGUUGUGAAUCUGUGGAAUGCUCUGCCACAGAAGGCAGUGGAGGCCAAUUCACUGGAUGUAUUCAAGAGAGAGAGUUAGAUAUAGCUCUUAGGGCUAACGGAAUUAUGGGAUAUGGGGAGACAGCAGAAAUGGGGGUACUGAUUCUGGAUGAUCAGCCAUGAUCAUCUUGAAUGGCGGUGCUAGCUCGAAAGGCCGAAUGGCCUACUUUCCAUGUUUCCAGGAGGCUAAACGGUGCCUUAACACUAUUCAAGGGUUGUGCUGAUCUAAGCUUCAGAGACAAGGAGAGAGGGAGAGAGAAAGACUGCAAGAUCACAAAUCUAUAACCAUCUGAUGAAGUCAUACAGCAUGGAAACAGGCCCUUCGGCCCAAUUUGCCCAUGCUGACCAACAUGCCCCAUCUACACCAAGCCCACUUGCCUGCAUUCUGCCCACAUCCCUCUAAGUCUGUCCUAUCCAUGUACCUGUCCAAAUGUUUCUUAAAUGUUGCAUUAGUCCCUGCCUCAACUACCUCCACUGGCACCUUGUUCCGUACACCCACCACCCUUUGUGUAAAAUAAGUAAACCCCUCCAGGUUCCUAUUAAAUCUUUCCUCCCUCACCGUAAACCGAUGUCCUCUGUUUCACUCGGGACGCAAGACCCUGGGCGUUUACCCGAUCUAUUCCUCUCAGGAUUUUACACACCUCUGUAAGAUCACCCCUCAUCCUCCUGCGCUCAGAGGAAUAAAGUCCUAGCCUUCUCAACCUCUCCCUGUAGCCCAGGCCCUCUAGCCCUGUCAACAUCCUUGUAAAUCUUCUCUGCACCCUUUCCAGCUUGACAACAUCUUUCCUAAAAGAUGGUGGCCAGAACUGGACACAAUACUCUAAAUGCGGCCUCACCAACGUCUUAUACAAUUGCAACAUGACCUCCCAACUUCUAUACUCAAUACUCUGACUGAUGAAGGCCAUAAGCCUUUUUGACCACCAUAUCUAACUGUGACGCCACUUUCAAGGAACCAUGCACCUGCACUCCUAGAUCCCUCUGCUCUACAACACUCCCCAGAGGCCUACCAUUCACUGUGUAGGUCCUGCCCAUGUUCUCCGCAAUUAUAAUUCUGAGGGCGAUCUAGGUUCAUAAGUUAUACGAGCAGAAUUAGACAUUUUGGCCCAUCUACUCCCUCAUUCAAUCAUGGUUGAUCUAUCUCUCUCCUGCCGUUUCCCCAUGACCCCUGACACCCGUAUUAAUCAAGAAUCUAUCUAUCUCUGCAUUAAAAAUAUCCAUUGACUUGGCCUCCACAGCUUUCUUUGGCAAAGAAUUCCGCAGAUUCGCCACCCUCUGACUAAAGAAAUUCCUCCUCAUCUCCUUCCUCAGCGGUUCUCAUCGAUUGUAAAUAAAAACAAUUUUGGACAAGCGGGUUUGAUA